GGGAGGAGACAGAUGUAGCCAAACCGCGCAUGCGCAUUUAUCGGAGCGACCCACUCCAGAAGGACGCCCGCUAUCGGCCUGAUCCUGCAACUACUUCGCCGGGUUGUUUACCCCACAUACUCAAAAACAGGAACCAAGGGCAAGCCGUGUUGAGAGGCAAUGUAGGUUUUUUAAAGAGACAUCUGCUUAAUUGGCCAAAUUGAUUGACACACCAAUUAAGAGUUUUAAUGAGUCGGACUCUCUCGAAUCCCACAAUGAGAUUAUUUAUGCUAAUCAAGUCGAUGUCACUUCCGCCCCUUUUAUUUGCGCCAUUUUGGAUAGGGUAGUUUCUAGGCUGGAUGUGUAUUGUCUGUCAGACAAGAGAAUGGUUAAAGCGUUAUCGGCUGCCAGGCACUCAUAGGCUCACUUUGGCAAUUUAUUUGAAAGAGUGGAUACGCCGGUAGUUAAUCCCAACAAUAGGACAUGUGCCUGCCUGCACCACUACCGAGAAUGGAGCAUUUAAUUGUCUAAUGAGUCUCGAAGGUUUUCUGUACCCGUUUGCCGACCAGAGGGGAGAGGAUAGCUCUAGUCGGCGAGGGAGAAUCGAGUUUGAAGGAUAGACGGACGGCCGGGUGACUGGUUCUCCCCCACGAAUCUAGUUAUCACCUGAAAGGAUAUUAACAAGCUGUCUGGAAGAAGUGAAAGUGUCUGCCGUUACAUCUCGCCUCAGACAUCCUGAGGUGACACAUUUCGCUCAGACGGGAGCACUGGAUGUGAAAGCAGGUGGACAGAAUGUUCCAGCUCCCUGUCAAUAACCUAGGUAGUCUGCGGAAAGCAAGGAAAAAUGUCAAGAAGGUCCUGGGAGACAUCGGCUUGGAGUUCUGUAGAGAUCACUUAGAGGAUUAUAAAGACUUUACUCCUCCAGAGGUGUAUAUAAAGCACACUACAUGGGAAGAUGUGUGCAUGUGGGAGCCAUCGCAUACCAAAGUUCAGGACUACAGAUCAAAGCCUUUCUGCUGCUCCGGGUGCCUCUUUUCAUCCAAGUACUUCUCUGCAUACAAGAGCCACUUCCGCAAUGUCCACAGCGAGGACUUUGAGAACAACAUUCUGCUCAACUGCCCCUACUGCACUUACAAUGGGAACAAAAAGACUCUGGAAACGCACAUCAAACUUUUCCACAUGCCUAACAACACUGUGCGGCAGGGCCCCGGUGGAAUGGUGGCGGGAGCUGGUGGGAUCAUGAUGAAAGACGGGGUGCUGAAGAGGACGGGGGACAGUGUGGAACAGGCAGUGUACUACUGCAAGAAGUGCACCUACAGGGACCCUUUGUAUAAUGUAGUGCGGAAGCACAUCUACAGGGAACAUUUCCAGCAAGUGGCCCAGCCCUACAUUGUGAAACCAGGAGAGAGGACAAGUACUCAGAAUGGUGGCACAGCAGGGAAUACAGAGAGUAAUAAUAACACAAACAAUGUUAAUAGUAACCAGAUUCACUGCAAGAAGUGUCUCUUUGUCCCAAGAACCUACGAGGCACUAGUUCAGCACGUCAUUGAGGACCAUGAGAGGAUAGGCUACCAGGUGACUGCCAUGAUUGGACACACCAGUGUGAUAGUCCCCCGUCCUAAACCCAUCAUCAUGAUGCCCCCUAAAACUCAAGGGGACAAGACCAUCAUUGGGAUGGGCCCUAAAGGUGCAGUAAUGGCCACUACAAGGACUCCUGGCUCACAGCAGCUUAGUCGAGUUGUCAUUGCACCAAAGACGGGAUUCAACUCAAGUCUACUAUCUGGGUUGAAGCAUGAUGCAAUAAGAUUAAAGGCUGGGGGCACCCAGCCGUUCUCCAUGGGCAGCCAGCAGGUGAGGGUUACUUUACCAGGGAAUGCCCAGGUUUCUGUUCCCCAGCAGUCACAUGCAGCAAAGCAGCUCAUUUCUGGUGGCAGCCUGAGGAGCCCAGUUGUGGUCAGCGCUUCGUCCUCCCUCAAAUCCAACCCCCUGGGCUCACGUGUCCAGGCAGCAGCUACUACUGUAGCCUCUGUCACGGCCAAGAAAAGUGGCUCCUCAGUGCUCGGCACAUCCUACACACAGAAGUGGAAAAUCUGCACCAUCUGCAAUGAGCUCUUCCCAGAGAAUGUGUACAGUUCUCAUUUUGAGAAAGAGCACAAGGCAGAGAAGGUGCCUGCUGUAGCCAACUACAUCAUGAAGAUCCACAACUUCACCAGCAAGUGUCUCUACUGCAACCGCUAUCUCCCCAGUGAUACAUUGUUAAACCACAUGUUGAUUCAUGGUCUGUCUUGCCCACACUGCCGUGCAACUUUCAAUGACGUUGAGAAGAUGGUGGCCCACAUGCGGCUGUCGCACCCAGACGAGAGUGUUGGCCCACGCACAGACUCCCCCUUGACCUUUGACCUCACGCUGCAGCAGGGCAACCCCAAAAAUGUCCAGUUGAUUGUCACUACCUACAACAUGAGAGACGCCCCAGAGGAGUCGGUGGCGUUUCACGCUCAGAACAACAGCACUGCUGUCUCAUCAGCCCUGUCUGCCUCCCUAAUAUCAGGCAAGAGGUUAAUGCCUCAGCUUCCACCCAAAACGCCUUCAGUGGCUGCUGAUGGUGCACCAACCAAGAGUGCCCCGCAGGCAUCUGUGCCCUACAAGAGGGAUGUGGGCAAGACGCUGUGUCCUCUUUGCUUCUCCAUCCUUAAGGGCCCAAUCUCAGACUCAUUGGCCCACCACCUGAGAGAGAGGCACCAGGUGAUUCAGACAGUGCACCCUGUAGAAAAGAAACUGACCUAUAAGUGUAUUCACUGUUUGGGUGUUUAUACUAGUAACAUGACGGCCUCCACCAUCACUCUACACUUGGUGCACUGUCGAGGUGUAGGGAAAUCCCAGAAUGGGCAGGACAGCCGGGCAGCUCAUUCCUCUCGGGUUGGCCAGGCCCAGAGCAGCGCUCUCAAACGGGCCGGUUUUGAUAACUCAGACACUAGUGCGCCAAAACGAAGAAGGCCGGGACCCCCUGGGGAAAGAGCCCACCCACACGAUAGCAAUGGUUCAUCUACAUUUGUGGAAAAUCCUGAUGAACCUGUAGUUCUGGCUCUUGACCCCAAAGGACACGAAAACGAGUCGUAUGAAGCCAGGAAGGCAUUUCUAACGCAGUAUUUCAAUCAAGCACCAUAUCCGACACAACGGGAGGUGGAGAAGCUGGCAGCCAGUCUGUGGUUGUGGAAGUCAGACAUCUCAAGUCACUUUGUCAACAGAAGGAGGCAAUGCAUACAGGAAUGCGAAACACAGAGUGCCAGUGUUUUGCUGGGUUUCAGUAUGCACGAGUUGAGCAAAGUGACUCACGAGCUGGCGUUCAUUCAGGGUGGCUCGUACGAGGGCAGACGCAGCAAGAGGCGGACGUCGAGGACACGUAUGGGGUUGUCGGAGCAGGCUCUCCGAAGACACAGGGAGCUUGUAGCUGCUAAUGGUGGUGUGGCCCUACCACGAAAGGGAAAGCCAACUGAAACUCUGAAAGGUACUAAAGCAAGAGCAUCUGCCCCCAAGUCCAGCAAAGACCAAACCAAGACAAUCAACAGCACCUUACCACAGAAAAUGCCUCUAGACCUUUCUGAGCCCAUUGCCAUUGACUCUGACAGUGAUGAGGAAGAGCUGCAGAAGGAUAACAGUGAAUGGGAGGAAGAGGUACAUCGCCAUGGCAACAAACAGCUGACUGAAGCUAAGGGGAGAAUAGAGCAGAGAACAGGGUCCAAGAUCAUUUCAGAUGUAGACAUGUCAGACGACGAUGACGAUGAGGACGACGACGACGAUGACGACGACGAUGAUGAUGAUGACAACGACGAUGAUGAUGAUGAAGAUGAAGGGGAACUUGUAGAGAAUGGCUUCAUGCCCACAGAGGGCUCGGGAAGACAGACUGCUAAAGGAAGAGACAGUCUACCCAUCAUUAUUCCUAAGUUUGUACCAUCAUCUGCUAGAAGCAGGAGUGAUGGGGCCCAGCUGGGCAAACAGCAGGUCUGACUGAUAAAAUCAAAAAGACUCACACAGUCAGAGAGACACUUUAGAUUUGAUCCAUGCCAACAAAUCUGCCUCGCCUGAGCUGAAGGACACUGCACAGUUACAGUGGGCAUCUGUGAAGGAGGGAGUGAUAAGGAGAGAACUCAAAACAAGCCAUCCAAUGACAUUUAAAGGCAAGGCUCAGUGAGCGACAAGGACUGAUGUAAAGAUUUGUAAAGAAAGUUUUAAUAUUUCUUCCCCAAGUGGAAGGGGAGAUGUAAAGACAACAGUGAAGUGACACCAAACAAAUAGAGAAAGUUUUUUGCCUUCUAUAUACUUUAUUACCUUGACAUAGGGAGUUAUUAAUGUUCAUUUAGCCACUGAACUUGUUAGUGUGGCUUAAAAUAUUGAGUUGUUGUGAGUGAAAGCUUUUAAGCUGACCAGAUAAUCCAUCACUUUUCAUGUAGUUAUACUGAGAUGGGUAGUGUAAAUUUGUACAGUCUUUUAGACAUGUUUGGACACAUGUUGCCGUGUACCGUUAAAUAUUUGCUAUUACCUGCGUGUAAGGUAGCCUCAUAUGUUCUACAUUGGUAUGCUUAACAAUAGGUGUCGCUUUGGUGGCUGGUAUUUUCUUGUAUGUUUAAGUUUAUUUUUUAACAAAAACCUAGUUUGUUUGUUUUUUUCUUUUUUCCAAAAUAAUAUAUCUAUAUAUAAAUGAAAUAACAGAAUUGAUUUGUUUUGGCUUUUUACUUGAUUAGAUUUUAUUUUUUUAAUUUUAUCCUCUUAUGGUUUCUGUUUCUGAAAGAAUAGUGGCGCCAACCUAUUCGAAUUCUCUUACAGUAUAAAGGAGCAUUUCAUCAACCUUUUGCAGCCUUAUGCUCAUUAGCCUUGACUCUACUGUAUUUUCUUUGUAUUUUCACAAUUUGAACUUGAUGUUUCUUUGCCCCACAAGACUGGACAGUAACCACCAUACUGACAUCCACAAAGGUGAAAGCUUUUUUUUUCUUUUUUAAAAAAAGAGGUUUGUGUUUAAUGUGUUCUUUGAAUUGUGCGUAUUUGUUUUAUGUUUCAUUUUUCACUUAAGCAUUUAUGAACAAUAAAGUGCUGUAAUUGUGCUUCUCACAGAA